UAGCAACGGUCCCUGGGGACUGACUCAUCCUGGGGAGCAGGACUGGUAACAGGAAAGAUGGGAGAGCGGGGCUCCCCAUCCCCUCCAGCCCUCAAGACUGCCCCAGGCCUCCUUAACAGCCACUCUGAGAUAAACAACUACCGGCGGGCCAUGGAGACGAUGGCUGAGGACAUCCUGUUGCUGCGGAAACAGGCCAGUGUCCUGAAGGCAGAGAACCGCCUGCUGAGGAGCCACCUGACCCAGGAGGAGACAGAGGAGGAGGAGGACAUUGCUGACCAGACCCAGACAUUGGGAUCCAUGCAACAGAAACUGCUGCUGAGUGAGCUGGACAUGAAGAAACUGAAGAGCAAGGUGCAGCACCUACAGAAUGAGCUGAUUCGAAAGAAUGAUCGAGAGAAGGAGCUUCUUCUCUGGUACCAGGCUCAGCAGCCACAGGCUGCACUGCUGAAGCGGCACCAGGACAAGCUGCGGAAGGUGACAGCGCUGGAGGAGACCGUGCGGCACCAGGAGAAGGUGAUUGAGAAGAUGGAGCGGGUGCUGGAGGACAAGCUUCAGGAGAGGAAUGCGCCCCCACCCAACAGGCUGCCGGGGAAGCCCAGCGGGGGUGAGGCUGCUCCCCAGGGUGUCCCGCUGGGGACUUCCCCGGGCCCCGCAGGAGAGAACCUGCCUGCUGACCAGUACACAGCACUGCUGGCAGAGAACUCAAGGCUGCGGGCCGAGCUGGAUAAGAGCCACCACCAGUCAGCGCCCAACAUUCAGCAGCAGCAGGCCCUGCCGAUGUACCCCAGGGAGUUGGGAGCAGGGGACCUGGCAGAGCAGCUGCAAGAGAAUGGCCCAGGCCACUCCAAAGGCACAAAAACCCUGCGCUUGCAGGAUCACCUGGACGACACUUCAGACAAGUUUAACCUCCUGGCCAAGCUGGAACGAGCUCAGAGCCGGAUCCUGUCCCUGGAAAGACAGUUAGAGGACUCAGCUCGACGCUGGGGACGAGAGAAGCAGAACUUGGUCACACGGCUGCAGGAGCAAGAGCUUGGCUUGGCUCACCCCUCAGACUCCACCGUCACAGACCUGCCUGGACAAAUCCCUCAACCAACGCCAAAGACCACAGGGAAGCCUCAGAACCAGACCCCUUGAUGCCCAGCUCAGAAACUAAGUUCAUCAAGCCCUCAAACUCCCAGCAGACCUGAGUUCCAGCGGACCUGGCUACUGGAGCAGUGCCUUCACUGUGUGCUGGGGCAUCUCGUCCCUACCCCCUAAAAAUGAGUUCAUUAAAAGUUGUAAGUCAGAGAACACUUGCCUCUUCCCUGGAUCAGGGUGGCCUGAGUGGCCCAGCUUCCUCCUCCAGGACCCCUUUUUACCCCGGGCGCUCUGCUGCAGCACAACAGUCUCCUGCCUUGUCCCAGGAGUUACCAUCUUUGGAGAGUCGAAGGCCACAGUGGACCAAGGAGGGCAGGGAGAAAACUCCUUCCAAAGCAGGAGCCUAGGAGACUAGCUUCUUCCAGACCUCUGGAAGAAGUGAGACCACUAGAGUCCAACUCUUUUGGGAGAUGUGAGGGAAGUUGGGACUUUCUACCUGCCCCCAAACAUCUACCACAACUAAAAUCCCUUCUUU